AAAAUAGUUCUCCCUCUCUGGUAUUUUCUGCAACGCUCUCGUUCGUUUUGCCGUAAAGCAGGUUCAAUUUCUAGACCAAUCAAAUCAAGUGGAACGUUGUUUCACAAGAAACGGAAUCCAAUGGGAGAGAAGGAAGGCCACCGUAGGGCGGGACAAGUACUGAAAACAACUUGUAUCGAAAACAAGUUAUUAACUGUCGUGUCCUGCGCUGUAACUCCUUCCUUGCUUCGCUGCAACAGUGAAUUGAAAUUUGAAAACGGUGCUACUACAGAAAAUAUGGGAGACGAAGAAAAUUUACCGUCCGGAUGGGAGAAGAGAAUGAGUCGUAGUUCAGGAAAAGUGUAUUACUUUAAUCACAUCACCAAUGCCAGUCAGUGGGAACGUCCAGUAGGAGACGGACGUGGAGAGCCAGAAAAGGUUCGCUGCUCUCAUCUGCUGGUGAAACACAAUCAGUCACGUCGACCGUCUUCCUGGCGAGAACAAAAUAUCACACGAUCUAAAGAUGAGGCUUUGGACCUCAUUCAGAAGUACAUCGAACAGAUCAAGUCAGGAGAGGAGAAGUUUGAAAGCUUAGCCUCCCAGUUUAGCGACUGCAGCUCAGCAAAAAAUGGUGGCGACCUUGGUGUGUUUGGAAGAGGUCAAAUGCAGAAGCCUUUUGAAGACGCCUCCUUCGCUCUCAAAGUAGGAGACAUGAGUGGGCCUGUUUUUACCGACUCUGGAGUUCACAUCAUCUUACGUACCGGCUGAAAGACGGCACCACCUGCUCUCACUCCACUGUCAUACACGCAUUUACUGAAACUAACCCAAGCAGGCCUGCCAUUUGUUUAAAAUGCACUCAUCACCCCAGUAAGUCAAACACAUGCAGUAAUGUUUGACUGCAUGUGCUCAAAAUCCCACACUCAAGUUUGAUUAAUAAAAUGACUUUGAGAACAAAUGACUAUUCCCAAAGACCUGAAGCUUUUAUCUACCACAGCAAUGCCAUGAUAGAGAAGCAUUAGUGCCUGGAGUUGUGACUGAUUCCUGAAAAGCAGAUGCUACUGUAACUGACAUGUGCAUGUCUUUAAAAUGGACCAUAUAUUGUUUGCUUUUUAUUCUCCUCCAUUCCUGCUGUGUGCAAAAGCAGUUCCUUUAUGUAAACCAUUUUAUCAAGAUUUGUAGGUCGGCUGUUUAAAUCGUUUUCAAGAUGUUGUGCAUCCCUGCAGACGGAGAAUUAGCUGUUCUUUUGCGUUCUACACCCAACAUUCAAAAACUAACAAUUUGUUCAUUUAUGGAAAUGACUUCAGAAAGAGCAUGAUUGAUUCCAAGACAGUACCAUUGAAAGCUUGCAGGGUUUAACAUCAGUCCUCACAGCUUUUAAAAGCAUCAAUAUUCAUUUAAAUUGUUGACACUGUUGUAACUGAGGAAUAAAGUUAUAAAACACA